AAAUGGAUGCUGAGAUAAACAGCGCAGCAGUAUUUCUUUUAGUCUCUGGCAGUGUGUUCAGCAGAGCCAGAAUUAACUUCCGUGUAGCAAAACCUAUAUGUUAAUGACAGACACAUGGGCUGUCAUGGGGUAGUGGAAAAGUGGGGUUCAUAACAUUAGCCUGUGUCUCUUUAAAAAAAAAAAAAAUUCAAGUUUCUUGUUGUAUUCUGGAAUGAGGUCAGACACGAGGCUUCUCAUUGCACGCGCUGAUUAUUAUUAGUCUCCUUUCUGAGCCAAUCAAGUGCGAAUGGGGGCGUGGCCCUGGCCCUGAGCAGCGUAGUGACAGCGUCUGAUUGGAGGAUUUUUAUCGCCGUUGUAUCAGGGAGGAAUAAAUGCAGGCAAAGGGGGGCAGUAGUCUGAAGGGGUGCUUGAAACAGCGACUGUUAGUCUUUGCAGAUGGGAGGCAGGGGAGUGUGAGUUGCUCUAGCUUCUAUUUUUUUUCCUUCUUCUUUACCCUACCACAGCAUGCACGGCUUCUGAUUCUUGGAGUAGAAGCAGAGAAAAAGCACGAACACGUUGUAUACUUGGGAGCCCUUUGGAAGUGCCUGAGCGCAUGUGUGGGCACUCUGCUCCUGCAGCUGUGUAGUUGUCCUCAGUGAUCACACGGCUGCUGACUUUUUUUUUUUUUUUUUUCUUAACACCGAUUAUAGGCUGCACAGCAAACGCGAAGUGUUUUAACAUCAAGAGUACCUGGAAAUUAAACCUUUUUUAUGCAUGUAGCCUUUUUAGGCAACUCUGGACUAUCCUGUACAUCUCAGGAGUGAAUAACUGCUUGCACUGUUUGCACUCAGCUCAAACUGUCAGAGUGGGAGAAAAGAGCUGAGUUUGCUUAAAAGUGAACCAGAGGAACCUAGGAGAGAGGGAGAGAAACCAAGUAUUCCGCUCUCCCUUUAAACCGGACAGCAUGGUGCAGAAAAUGAGCCACACGGAGAGCACCGCCGAGGCGCUGUCCUUCUUCACCGGGGACUCAGGCUCCGACUCCGGUGCGUGCAUGGAUCUGGACCCGGCUGCCUCGCCUCUCUCCCCGGCGUCCUCCGCAGUCUCCUCCACCGCCGGCGACAAGCUGGGGGACAACCCGGCGUGGUGCAAAACUCCCAGCGGCCACAUCAAGAGACCCAUGAACGCAUUCAUGGUGUGGUCGCAGAUAGAGAGGAGGAAGAUCAUGGAACAGUCCCCGGACAUGCACAACGCCGAGAUCUCCAAGCGGCUGGGGAAGCGCUGGAAGCUGCUGAGAGACAGCGACAAGAUCCCCUUCAUCAGGGAGGCAGAGCGUCUCCGGCUCAAGCACAUGGCGGACUAUCCCGACUACAAGUACCGACCAAGGAAGAAGGUAAAGUCGAGCGCAUCAAAGUCUGGCAGCAGCGAUAGGGGAGAAAAAGUUACCGGUAGCUCAAACCACACCAGCACUAAGACGUCCUCAUCUGCGAGGAAGAACGGAUCCAAAUCACCCAGCAGCAGCAGCAGCAACAAACCCCAAAAAUCACUUUUCGGGAGCAGCAAUAGCACCAAAGCUUCACUGUUUGCUUCUGAGCAGCCGUCAGACCACCAACACAACUCUCUCUACAAAUCUAAAUCAGUCUGCUCGGCAGCCAAGCAGAUACCUGAUGCCAAGAAGCCCAAGAGAGUGUACGUUUUCGGGAGCAGCGCGGCCAGCCUGAGCGUCAGUCCCACGUCCUCUGUGGUGGUUCCGGCUAGCCCUACGCUCAGCAGCUCGGCGGAGUCGAGCGACCCGCUCAGCCUCUAUGAGGACGCGGCCAGCGGCAGAGAGGAAGGCGCCGACUCCCCCGGCAGCAGCAGCGGGUUCGGCGGGGUGUCGGAACGCCGCGGCGGCCACUCGUACAACAGCAGCCGGCGGGCUUCCUCGCCUACUCCCUCCGGCUCGCACUCCUCUGUCUCCUCCUCCUCCUCUUCGUCGUCUUCCUCGGAAGACGAGGAGUUCGAGGACGACUUGCUGGACGUCAACCCGAGUCCGAGCUUCGACAGCAUGUCGCUGGGGAGCUUCGGCUCCUCGGUACUGGACAGGGACUGGGAUCUGAACGGCGAGUCCGUCUGCGGGGGGUCCCACUUCGAGUUCCCCGACUACUGCACGCCUGAAGUCAGCGAGAUGAUCUCAGGAGACUGGCUGGAGUCCACCAUCUCCAACCUGGUGUUCACGUACUGACCGCAAACAGAAAACAGGAGCUCCAGCUUACCAGUGGGUUUCACUACUGCAGACCCUGUCCCUGCAAAUCUUUGGAAAGCAUAACUCUAAAGUGAAUAACUUGCCUUUUUUCUGGUCAUUUCUUCGGAUCCGUGGACUGAAGGAGUCGAGGUUUGGCGCCGAAACAACAGGAGACAAAAAAGGAGAGGGACAGAGAAUUUCCUGACAGCUCAGUCCUGUACUGUUUUAAACUGAGUAACUUAACUGUGAUUGAUUUGCACGUUAUGCGGUCCGCCGUACACUUAAUCAAUGUCGUUGAUGAGUUUUUUGAGCGAAAAAAGGGACAUUUUCACAACUUUUUAACCAAUCGCCAAGUGAACUUUACCACUAAAAAAAAAAAACAAACAAAAAAAGUACAGACUAGGACUGCCGUGCGACAGUUUUUUUUUUUUUACUGUAUCACCAAGAGGCUUUUUUUUAAUGAAACCGAGUUGGGUUGAUGUUUUUUAAAAGUUAUUUUCUCAAGAAACAAAAAAGCGUGUUAAGCAUGAUAGCCUACUUUGUUCCUAUAUCUUGUGCUGAGAUUUUUCUGUGCGACUGUUCGAGCAGUUUGUAAACUAGUAUUAGGGUUAUUUAAAAGGAUCUAGGUGGCGCUCGCUUUGGCUCUACUUUUUUUUAAUGGAGGAAAAAAAAGGACUUUGAAAUAAUCACCAGCUCACUUCAGGACACAAACACAACUUCAAGUCUGUGCUGAACUGUAUUGCCACAUUUUUCUCCCUCUGCGUAUCAGGACCAACAUUCUAUAAUGUUAAUUUCCAGAUCAUAGCUAUAGAGAAAUCAGCGAUUUUUUUUUCGUUUUGUUUUGUACAUGUAUUCAGAUGCCAUUUUUAUACGGGGGAUGUUGUAUUUAUAUACUGGGCCAAGCAUCUUUUGUUGUGUUAUUUCUUGCACACAUGAUCCUGUCAGUAUGUCUAUGUCUGUCACAUUUCCUUCUCAGGCGAAGGGCUAGAGUUUUAAAGAACACAACUUUUUAAUUUCCUUUUUAUAUUUAAAUGUACACACUUUUUUGGACACUUAAAAGAGAGGAAACAGUUUGAUUAUUUUCUCAGUGUAUUUUUGUACGAAUCUAUAUUGAACAUGGGGGUGUGUGUAGCCUAACUAAUACAGCUGUAUUGGAUUUCCUUGUUUUGCUUUUUUUUUAAUGCCCUCAGCAGCCUGGUUUUUCAUGCUGCCUUCAACUGCUUAUGGCAAGCUUGUUACUUCAGGCUCUGUUGCCUUAGUAGACAAGAUCAAACAGUAGAGCUGACCCACUUAUUACACUCGUUCCUAAUAUUUGACUUUUUUGUUUAAAAUCUAAGGUCACUUUUUAACAGAAGAGAUGAGUUCAUAUGAAUCAGGUGUGUGGGUCUUAUUUGUCUUAUUUCACCAAGAAAAAUCCGGAAACACUCUUAAAUCUUCUUUGAUGUCAAACCCUUAAACAUCUGCAGUACAGACGUGUCAGGCGUUAGAUGAUUAGGACAUAAUUGCAAUUUUUCCGACAGCACUUGAAAGCAGCACCAGUCUCAACCCCCUUUUCCAAGGUUUACAGUGCCAGACUGCAGGCUCUUUUUUUUAAAGACGCAGGAGCAGAGUAUUUUUAAGAGACUCUUCCUGUGGGACCAUGGGAUUUAAACAGCAGCACUAUUCUAAAAAGCAGCCACUUGCUUUAUUUUUAUUUUUUUGCAUUUCGCGUCCAACGUCUCGAAGAUUGUAGCUUUAAAUUUGACUUUGUUUCUUGAUGUUUUCACUCACUGAUGUCACAUUUUGCCAAUCGACCAGUGGAUCGAGGCGGGCUGUCCAUAUCACAAGCAAACAAAGAUGACAUCAUCAAGCAUAUUCAAAUUUCUGACCUGAGUUGCGCAACACUUUCUCGUACUGCGUUUCUCAUUGUAUUUGAAUAUAUAAUCUUUUCUACUUGUCAGCUAACUACUAGCUAAUAAUUGUUUUAGUAUCUUUAUGGCAUGGUGAAUAGCAUUUGUAUUUCAGAUUCAGGUUAUUAUUAGCUGUUGUGUUUUUUCAGAAAAAAGAAUGGAGAAGGAAAAAAAGAGGAAAAAACAUUGAAAUUGAUCUUUGUAUAUUUGACUGUACCAUAAAGCAAAAAGAUUGUGUGUUUAUGUAUGUCGUUGCUAUCGAAGACAGGCACUGUUUAGAACUGCUAUCUUUUACACAUCCUUACUUACAUUUAAGGUGGUCAGUUCAGACUGUUGUUUUUUUUAAUUCUUUUUUUUUAUAAAUAUAUAAAUAUAUGAAAGCAUUUUUAAAUAUAUUAACUUUAUUUUUCAUCCAUCCUGUGCAAUAUGCUGUGUAGAAUUAUCAUUUAUUGUCUUUAAUCAUGCCAUAAACAAGAAAGCCACCCCUUUUUUUCUGAUUUAAAAAAAGGGGUAGGUUGACUCAUGCCAGCUAAACUAUGUCCAUUCACUGCCUGUCAGAUUGUUGAUACAAACUUGUGUACAGAACUUUUUUCAAGGAAGGAAAUAAAUAUCAGCUGGAACUGAAA